AAAUUUCUAAUUCUGUUUAUGUUUUCGAGUUAGAUUGAAUUACAUUGUGUUAAUGGUAGACCAUCAGGUGGCUGGAGCUCUUAAUGUGGUGGGAUACAUGAAAUAUUAGUGUACAGCAUUUGAAAGCAACAUUUAUUUAUUUAUUUGUUUGUUUGUUUGUAUUUAUAAUCAUUGUGUGGAUUUAAACAUUUUACAAAACAUAAAAUCUUGUCUGUUGUAGUCAGGUUCAGGGCUGCGUUUCCCAAACAGUCGAAUGUUCCGUCCUUAUCAAUAGAGUUCAAUAGAACUAUAAUCGCUCUUGCGGAUGGCAUAUACGGCUGGAAAACGAAAGUGUAGUUUCAUCAGAAACCAGUGAGAGGCAUCAAUGCGAUCAAUAACAGCUGGAAGAUCGUAAAUGCAGAUCUGUUCAGAUCGCGCGUGUGAAAUAAAACGGACAAAAACAGUUGUUGUGCUGUCGUUUAAAACGUUUUCUGUGAGGAAAAGAAUGUUUUGGGGAAUUCUGUUAUUUCCUUUUCUUCUCGUUUCUCCCCAAAGCAAUGAGAAACAAGAGAAACACUUCCUCCACUACAUGUAUACAGUGCUGACCAAAGCAGGUCCAUUUCCUGAGUUCAGCGCUGUGGGUGAGUCUGACGACAGACGGAUUGCUCACUACAGUAUUGAAGAGCAAGGCUGGAUAAGAGAGAAUCUGACUGUAGAUGACUGGAAUGAAGCUCCAGAGCUGCCUGAAAAUAGUGACUGGUUCUUGAAUUAUCUAUAUGAUCUGUCAAAGUGCAAACGCCAUGCAGAAUGUUCUGAGUUUCAUAUACUCCAGAGAAUAAUUGGCUGUGAGCUGGAGAAACUUAAUGGAACAGUGAUGAGUCUGAGGGCCUUUGAUGAGUCUGCAUAUGAUGGAAAGGAUUUUAGUACCUGUAAGUACGACCUUCUUCAUUGGAUAGAUAAAGACAUAGAAACCAAAACGGAUCAUCGAACUGGACGAAUAGAUUUCCUCAUGAACUGCACUAAGUGGAUCUCCACAUUUAACAGCACAUAUAAAAGUCGACCAGAUGUUUAUGUCUUUGCGAGAAAAGCUCCUGAUCAUCAAAACAAGCUGAAUCUGACCUGUCUGACCACUGGCUUCUACCCCAAAAAUGUUGAGAUGAACAUUAGAUUGGACAGAAGUGUCCUUGGGAAACAAAUAUUUUCUGAAAUCAGACCAAAUGCUGAUGGAUCCUUUCAGCUCAGAUCCACUGUAAAGAUCGACAGAAAUCACAAAGGAUCUUAUGACUGUUUUGUCAUUCACAGCAGUCUGACAGAACCAGUUUCAGUAGAAUGGGAUGGAAAAUGUUCUGACUGUGAAACAGUACCUUCACAUUCGGUUGCAGCAGGAGUAGCAGUAGCAGCAUUUCUAGUUUGUCUCAUUGUGAUUGUUUGCUGCAUCUACAAAAUCAGAAAAUCAAAUGGUGCACAAGGUUACCAGUGGGAUAUAUAAGAUGAAUAUUUAUGAUUUUACAAUUACUUUUUUAAAUCAUUUAUCCAAAGCUCUGUUUACAAAUGAGGACAAGCAAUCAAACCAAGAAAAGAGCAACAAUAAAAGUGCUGUGACAAGUCCCAGUCAGUCUAAUGCAGUAUGCAAAGUUUUUUAUUUUUAAUUUAUAAUAAAUGAAAAGAAAAGUAAUUGGAUGAAACAGAAAAAGAAUAGAGAGUUCCUUUAAAAGAGAAGAGAAAUUUUUCUGCAUUUGAGAGUUUCUUGAAACAUUUCAAAGGAUGAAGUGUCCCUAAAAUGUUUAACAUGAAAUGUAGUUCUUUAUUCUAAU